AUUUUACAUUAGUGUUCCUCGACGUAUUUUCAUACCUCUUUUUUGUGGACCUUUUCGUACCUCUCCAAAAGAUUCCGACCUCGCUGAAAGUAUGGGAAACUCCAAUUCUCAAGGGAAACAUAAGCAAGAACAGCUCGCAGAAAAAGGAGACGAGAAUAGUCAAAUAUGCUGUGAUGGAAAAGACGGUGAUGUGAACUCUAUUCACAACGAUUGUGAUGCAGAUGCAAAUGGGGACAUUAUUGUUAAUAAAAGUGGGUACCAAGAAAUACAAACUGGUGAAGACGCACGCGACGAUGCAAAUCCAAUAAUAGAAGACAAAGUUGACAGUGGAACGGAUAAACAGUACACUUCAGGCCCGGUUGAAGUCAAGGCUACACUGUUAGAUUUAGCAACUGUUCCUAAAUCACGGACCAGCAGCGUGAUUUCCAGCAGCGUGAUUUCAACAAGCUCUGAUGAUGUGGCUUCAGUACCUGAUCCAGCUCCAAGUGAACCUCCUAUAGAUAACCCCCUGUCUGAUAUCGACGCUGAACUGACAGGAGCUGAAGCGUUGAAGGAGAAGACUGGGUAUGUUGACCUACAGGAGGUUAGUAGAGGUGAACCUACACCUGAACCUGAAGUGGACCAGGACAACUGCUCCGAGGAGGAUGGGGUUGAGUUGAGUGAAGACAAGAAGUUCGACACUGUUAUGAGAAUUGUCAUCCACACCAUUAAUAAUAUUGAACGAUCCACUGAUAUCGGAUCAGAAAUAGACCCGUUCGUGGAGGUUAGAGCAAAUCAAGUGUUAUUAGGGGCAACAAAACCAAAAACGAACAUGACGACAGCAUCGGUGGAGGAAUCGUUCUACAUCAAAACAGAAAGAAAUCCUAAAUGUAUCAAACUUAAGUUUCAUCUGAAGGAUAAGGAUCACAUGAGCGAUGACGAUUUGUUAGGACACGGUUACUUUGAUCUUGCGGAGGAGGACAACACGAUGAACCAAAUUGUGCACCUAAAGUGGAGAGGAGAGGAAAUUGGAACCAUCCUCAUUAGUGUGGACUUUCAAAACCUUGUCGUGAUGUGAACAGCUACUUUUGGACAAUAUAAACUUGAAUGAAUAUAAUGUGUGAAUAAAUAGAAAUGUAUCGAUAUGAUCACAGACCAAGAUUUUUCCCCAUCACAUGAUAAAUACUUGACUUAAAUUGGAGUUUUUAAUCCUACACGAAGUUUAUGUUUUAUCUAACCAAAAACUUGAAGUACCCAAACAUCAAGAAGCAGUUUCGAAUUUAAGGGGUGAUCAAUUUUAGUAUUUUUCUGAUCUGACUUAAGCUUUACUAUUUUAUUAGAUUUAAUCUUCAGACGAUCACAGUAAGAGUUAUUAAAUUUAUUAAAGUUUUUGUGUCGUUUGUUUUGAAUAAGUAAAUGUUUUACGGUUACGACCACAUGCUGAAUUUAGUUAUUUCAUAGAAAUAUUUUUAAAAA